AUGGAGUGCGUAGUCCCCCCGGGCUCAGCUUUCCCCUCGUCGGAUGGGUCCAGAAUGGAAAGCAUGGAAGCUGAGGACCCACGGAUCACUCUAUUGAGGCCCUUUGCGGUCGCUGAGUCUACGUUUGUGCAACUGACGCGACAGGAGAAGCACGCUGAAGCUGUUGCCGUCCUCGAGGCUGUUCUUAAUGAGGAGCACCUUACGGUGCAACGGAUGCGCCCGUGUCUUCUGGCGUCGCUGUUUGAGCGUCUCUGCAUAGGGUACAACACAGUAGCCCUCCAUUUGCUUCAAGCUGGCGAGACGGACGAGGCACUAGGGGUCUUCAAUAAGGCUGAGGCCGUCACUGCCCUGGCCAAUCAUCACAUCACCCGAGGGGCGAGGUUGAUCUUGCGAGCGGUAACAUACAACAACCUCGGCUGUUUCUAUAAGACUCUCGGCAAGCUGCAUACGGCCCUCGGGUACCUCAAGAAGGCCCUUUUGAUAGAGGCGCGGGAACAGCUCUCGGCAACACCUGCAGUGGCAGAAGCUUUUGCCUUUAACCCAUCGACGACCCAUACGAACAUGUGCGCCUUGUUAUCGGAAAUGGGUGAUCACCAGCAAGCAGUGGUCCAUGCUAAGGCAGCUUUGAUGUUACUAAAGCAGCAACGAGCGGUUUACCUUUCUAAGCAGCCGCUAGAGGGCAUGACAGACCUCUCUGAAGGCGAAGCUUCUGCCGCCAUGCCGGCCGGUCCCAAGCCAUUGAUAUGUACAGCUUUCUUCAACCUAGGAUGCGAAUACGAGCAUCUACGCAAGGAAGGCGAUGCUAUGGAGGCUUAUAUGAGGGCCUACGAGUUCGCCCUUGAUGAGUUAGGCCUUGACCAUUCACUGGUACAUCAGAUUCAGACCUGCUUGAAGCAGCUAGCGCAGAGACGGUUUCCCGCGUUGGAAGCGCCAUCCUCUCAGUAG